AUGUCUUCACUCCAGGCUCGUGAGACCUAUUCAGUCGGGAGUCGUGGACAUGCUGCCGAGAUCGGUAUGUAUGUGGUCACAGCUUUAUCCACAGUUGUGGUUCUUGUUCGAUUAUACGCUAGAGGGGUCUUGAUUCGAGAACUGGGGUAUGAUGACUAUAUUAUUGUGAUCGCACAGUUGAUUGCCUGGGCAGACAUGGCAUUUUCAAUUCAGACCGUCCGUUAUGGUGCCGGUGAGCAUCUCACGGACUUAAUGGAGAACCCCGAGAAGAUGGUCUCGAUGUAUAAGUGGCUUGUCACAGCGCAGAUGAUCUACUUUACAACUCUCUGGAUCUGUCGAGUAUCCGGUCUGGCAUUCUAUAGCCGUCUCAACCAAAUGCCCCAGUUUCAAAUGUGGAUGCGCAUUUCAUUUGGCUUUGUGACUGCAGUAUGGAUCACCCAGUCUCUUAUCAUUGGUCUUCAGUGUAUUCCUCUGCGAUUCACUUUGAGACCAAAGCAUCAAGGGAAACUGCAUGAGUUCUACCGACGUUUUCAUCUCAACAUCCGUUCUUACAAUCUUAAUAUGGCCAGGAAGAUCAGUUUACUAUUCGUCUUCUGUUUCGGUGUCUUUUCUAUUGUUACCUCAAUUCUCCGCAUGGUCUCCAUGGUCGACGCCCUACACCACGCCUCCGACAUCACCUGGUACUUCUCCGUGGUGAUGGCCUGGAGUACCGCAGAAAUCUCCGCUAUUAUAGUCGCUCUCUCACUACCUUCCCUCCGAGGCAUGUUCGGCUUCCUUCGAAACAAAUCCCGUUCAACAAAUAAAAGUACAUCCCGUGGUACUGCUUCGAUUGGCCUCGGCUCUGUUCCUCGAGUAUCGAAGAAUCGAAUCUACGACGGAAACAGUCACCAGACAAGUGUCGAUAUUGAUGCUGUGAGGAGUAGCAGUCAAGAGGCUUUGUGGGAUAUGAAAGAUCCGCAAAAUAUUCGGAUUGUGGAUACUGUUCAUAUGGAUAUUGAUGAGCUUCGUCCGGAUCAGCGGGAUUGA